CCCCCCUCCUCUCGGCCACUGUAUGGUGCUGGCGCUCGUCUGCUUCCAUUUUUAGGCACGAUGUCACAACUCGUCUCUUUCACUGCAAAAUCGCACGCCAAAAUAAUUCCAGGGUUUUGAACAAGUAAUUAACAGUCCAAUCUGAAUUACAGGAAAGCAGAGUGCAUGGAGAAAACGCUACACAAGACCAUGGAGACCUAACUCGAACAACGGAUCCCGAACCUGCAACCUUUUUAAUCUAAGGCAACUGCACAAACCACUCCGCCAACAUGCAGUCUGUUUAUGAACUUAUUCGUUACAUAUAUCGUCACUCCAUUUUAGUUUGUAUCAUCGUUUAUUUUAGCACACUGACAUACUUCAUUUGGAUUCAUAUGGCGUAGGUAAUUAUUUUCAUCCUGUUUUCUCUUUAGGUUGUCUCUGUGAAUAUACAAUGUUCAUGGCUUUGAAUGUUUACUCUACGCAUUUGCCAUAGUUAGUAUUACAUUGCUACAUUGUUUUGUUUUUAAAACCGAAUUGCUAUUUUGUUGAUCAAACGAUCUUGUCAUUAAGUGUGCAAAAUAUUUCUGAAUAUUCAUACCGAUCGAUAUUUAUUCCUAAAUCGACGACGUUAUGUGAAAUAAUGAGUCUUUUUAACUGUCAAAAAUGAGGUUCUUCGAGACAAACAGGUUUUGUCAAUAAAGUUUUGGUAGCUGUAUGCAGCACGCAUGCGCAGUAGCACGGCACUGCAGCGCUGCAGUGUGCAGGAAUGCAACAGGGCAGAGGCCGCACUGUGACCCGUCAUGGAGACCGUUGAUCCCCGCUCUAAAUUCUAACUAUGACUCCGGUCAGACGAGCUGUCGAAUAGGUGUGAAGCGUAGGUGAGCUGGGAGGCUGCUGGUGGUCAUGGCCGCGACGCGCAGCCUGGAGAAACACCGCAAAUCCUUGUCGCUGCUCUUCUACCGGGCUGUCCGGGACUUGAAACCCGUCUGGAUGCUGGAGGAAAUGAGGACGAUGGAGACCUUUUACCGGGGAGAGAACUCCAGUCUUCGGACUUACACUCCCUCCGAGGCGCUGCUGUACGCUAUUGUCCAUGACCACCAAGCGUACGCCCAGUAUCUGCUGAGCCAGUACACCGAGGAGGCGCUGGCUGAACCCGGGGAACGCUUCUGCUGCUGCGCCUCCUCUGCCCCGCACCUGUCCAUGGCCGUCCGCUACGACAGGCGACACAUUCUCGGUCUCAUUUUACAAGAGGCCCACCGAUUCACCAGCAACCCCCCUUACACUGACCGGGCCGGGUGUUUACAGGAAGGCAGGACCCCGCUACACCUGGCCUGUGAGCUGCAGCGGCCGGAGUCGGUGCUCAUGUUGCUGGGCAGCGGAGCGUCGCCGGUCGCUGAGGACGCCAACGGCUUGACCCCCCUGGACGUCCUUCUGGAGAAACUCAGGGACUCGGUCGAGGAGAGCAACGAGGAGAGGAGGCAGUGUUUGGACAACUUGCUCAUGUUCAUGCCGAGGAUUGACUUCAAAAUGCAGGCGGCUCUGAGCAACGAACCGGAGCGCUGGGGCAAAGUACUCGGCGAUGAGACGUUCAAGUACCUCGCUGGACGGAGGCCGCCAUCGCUGUUGCUGGUGGCCAUGCGAGCUAUCCUCGGCCAGCUGAGCCCCGACAGCUUCCCGGACAACCUCAACAAUCUGCCCAUCCCAUCCUGCCUCAAACCCCCGGGUCUUCCCGUGGGCCAGCGGGGCAGGGCCAGGCUACUGGAGCAGCAGAUAUGAUGCAUGGGCGCCUACUUUAGCAUGUAGUAUUGGAACAACCUGCUGUUGUGAAACUGAACAAACAUGAUUGUAAAGACAAUGAGUCAAGACAACUAACAGCCAUAAUAGCUUUAGUUCCAUGUUAAGAAUGCUGUUCAAAAUCAGAAUUACUGUUUGAUCACAAACUUAUAUCAAAUGAAUCCUAGAAAGGAUUUGCUGUUUUAAUGAUUCACAUGUUUGUUUGAGGAGUUAUGUCUUGGUCACUGUGAGUCACUCUUUUGUGUAUUUAAUCUUAUCAUAACAGCUGCAGACAAAACGGUUCAGGCAACCUGCCAAAAUAGCAGCUUGGUGUCUGCGCCUGACCUCAACAGUGCUGAAAUACAAACCAAGACUGAACUGUUCCCUUUGUGUCUGUACUAUGAUGAUCAUUUCUUAAUGUCAUGUGUUCAGUUAAAACUAUUUGUUUGGCUUUUAUAAUUAAAUUCUUGGAGGCAGUAUUUUGGUUUCAUUUGCGGCCCUCAGGAUGCAGUUUUGCAGCCCACCACCGGGUGCCCAAUUUUAGCCCGGGAGUGGCCCCUACAGGGCCCCUGCUUUUUGUCUAAGUGAGAGAAAACAUUGUAUGAGGGAUGGAGGGGGAGACCCCUGACAUACACACUCUCUCCCCCCAGAAAUACACAAUUUAAAUUCAAAUAUGAAUCACAGAUUUUACCAUCUAACUGUGCAAGUCUCUUCAAGUGAACUUUCCAUUUUUUCACUUGACUUUUCUUCAGUUAUAAUACAUAAAAUACAGAGUGAGAUCUAGUAUCUAGAUCUAAAAUGUCCAGGUAAAAUCCAGUGCCACACAUGCAGACUGUGAUCAAACAAUGAUAAUGAAAUAUAUGAAACCAUAUAUAAGAAAAUUAAUAGAGGCACAGAAAGAAGAGGUAUUCUGGCAAAAAAAAUGCACCCUAACAUUGUAAAUAGUCUCGUUAAAAUAAGUAAGUGGGGAAUGCAGACAGGAAGUUAUAGAUGAGGAAUAACAGUAGAAUUAACGCCCGUGUCAUAAGAACCCAGUAGAUGGCGCUGCCUCUCUACUAAUCUUCUGCAGCGAAUUGUAUUUAAAAGAACCUUGACCUAAAUUUGAGAUAUUAAAAAGCUAAAUGUUAUUGAAAGGAUCUGAUCAUGCAACUGUAUGAACCAUGAGUUGUUUUUUUUAUUAUAUUACAGGACCUAGUUUGAGGUAAAAUAUUACUAUCAAAAUUACUACAUUCCGGGUCCCAUUUUUUCUCAUGUCAAACUGAGUUACUUUUGUUGUGUGUGUUUUGUUUUAACAAAUAUGAAU